AUGCAGACAAUAGCUUGCUCACGACAGCUGGCUCGAGAUCGCUAUUUAGGCGCUUUACUCUUCAACCUCGUCGCAUUCGUGCUUCCUGCGCUUUACGGCACACUAUCGAAGCUAUGGGUUGCAAGACUGGACUCCUCUGCCGUCGCAACCACCGAUGUCUAUACCUACAUUGGGGUGAUCGUUGAAGUGAUAAAUGAAGGGCUGCCGCGUGCAGUGUGGAUAAUAAUCGGCAACAAAGCCUCCCGUACACUUUCAUCCAGACUCCAGCUCACAUACACGCUCAUUCUCUUCCAGAGCCUGAUGGGCUUCAUCAUGAGUAUAGUUAUAGUUUCUGCGGCUGAUCGUUUUGCAUCCGUCUUCGUCCCCCUGGAGAGUCGUCGUAUAAGCAUCACGUACGUUAGAAUCAGUGCGUUCUCGGCUCUAAGUUCAGCGCUGGAGGUAUCUGUCUCAAAUGCCACAAGAGCUCUGGAUAAGCCGGAUGUUCCCGUUGUGAUAAGCUCGGUGAAAUUUAUAAUAAAUAUCAUCUUGGACUUCAUCCUGAUAUCAAGCUUUCAUAUCGGUGCUGUUCGCCCUACGGUGAAUCUACAAGGCACCAUCCGCCUAGCCUGCGAUAUGGGAUCUGCCCUUGCCGGUCUCGCUUACCUUAUCUAUAUCGCGCGUUCUCGGCUGAAAGAACACGGCCACUUCUGGGUUAACGUCACAUAUAACGCGGGUACGUUGGGGGUGCUCGCUCGACCUGGUGCCAUCUUCUUCCUUGAAUCGGCAGUCCGGAACACACUCUACUUGUGGCUGGUGGCCGGGAUAGUAUCGAUGGGCUCAGAUUACGCUACGGCGUGGGGGGUUUUCAACACCAUUCGCUGGGGGUUGAUCAUGGUACCAGUACAGGCGCUGGAGGCCACGUCGCUGACUUUCGUAGGCCACAAGUGGGGAGAAUUGAGGCAUAGGAUUACAAGAACCUGUGGAAAUCGGCGCCCCAAGGGUGACUUGCUGAAUAUUGUCAAACCCGCCCUCAUCUCGGCGGGGAUUGCCCUGCUGGUCGAGGUGCCCCUAUGCAUAUUCCUUGCCUUCUUUGGAUGUCAACGAUUCGCGCUAUACCUAAGCGGAUCGCAAGUGGUUUCUGAGAUAACUGCCGAAAUGUGGAGGUCCAUCGAUUGGUAUUUGUCCUUCUAG